CCCGGGCCAUGCGCAACCGAGGGGUGGAGGUGUACAUCGUGGGAGAGAAUGAAGGUGGUGCCUAUGACCGAGUGGAUCUCCUAGCCUUGCUGAACGGCAUCGGACUGUCGGGAAACCAGACCACCAGAACCUUACUGGAGCUUCAUGAAGAUAUCAAACACAGCAUGCCAGGGAGUGAUGUUUCAAGCCUUCCCAGCAUCCUCUUGGCUGCUUCAGUUACUGUACAACUACUGGAACGGGGUAGGGAUGUGAACAGCGCCCUCAAGGAAGCAUGCGCCGAUGUGUUUGUCCAGGGUCAGCUGUCAAAGGUCAACAAGCAGAAAGUGCAAGAGAUGGUUGACAAGCAUCUCAAUGGACUGGUUACCAACUGCAAACAGCUGGUGCCCGAUGACACUGAGGCCGAAGAUGAUGUGUCACUGGAGGGCAUCUUUCAUCCUUGCACCCUUCCAUCUGUGGACGAGCUCAGCCGCAAUGCAUUGUGGGCCACGAUACGCAGAGACGCUGCUCUGCUCGUGUGCUUAUUGAAUGGAGCCAAACAGUGUGUGGAGCCACAGUGCUUUGUUCCCCUCCUCCCACUGGUGACUCGCCUCCUCAUGGAGCAGGCCACGCCCGCCGACUGGCAACUUCGAGGAGACUGGCUCAAGAAGGUGUGGACAGAAUUGCUGCCUGAAGAUAGAGCAACGUCUGAACUGAUUAAGGGUGACAGAGCAGAGUUUGUCCAGUGUAUGCCGGAAAUUGUUGCAGAGGCCCUCCAAGUUGUCUUCCACCACCCUCUACAGGAGAAACUUUCCAAAAUGUUGGACAAAUUAAAGCUGUCUGAAGGUGACAAGAUUUUGCAGCACUAUCCAUUGGACCUCAACCUGGCACCACAGCUUCUCGCCCAUCUGGCUAAGCUCAGUCAAGAUAGGGCACCAGACCGAAUGGCAAUCGAUGAUGAUAUGAAUGGAGAAGAAACCGAUGUCGACAGCAGUGUACUGGAUGAAGUCACCACCAUUGCAAGGAGGUUAUACUUACUAUUCAGGACCACUGCCACUUCUCAUGUUGAGUAUUCCAAACUGAGGCAAGCCGUGGAUGUCCGGCACACAGCCAACACAGCAAUCCAGCUUUCGUAUGCUCUCCAUCAAGGUCUGAUGGGGAUUGAUGACUUGCCGCACCCACUCCUGGCCCACCUGUACCCCUUCUUCAAGUCACUGGAUGCUUUUGUGACCGAUGCGAUAUCGACGGAGAAAUGCAGCAUUUCAGAAGACACAGUCUACGAGGUCCUAUUGGCCCUGAAGUGGAGGGACAGAUGCUGGCAGGUGUGCGACCGGCCAAUCAAAGGCCUCGACUCAUUCCACUUGGGGCAGUUUGCCCAGCACUGGGGCUGGCUCAGCAAGAAGUUGCUGUCAGUGGUUCCUUGCUUGCUGCUUAAUAGUGACAGCGUCUUGCCGCAAGCCUUGCAAAUGGUCAGCCAGCGAAUUUCUGAUCACCUGGCCGCUCUCCCUAUGACCCUCCCCGCUUCAGAGCACCAGCGGGCACUGCAGCGCCGCCUGGGCCGGCCGCCGCCGUACAAGACGGGCUCCUCAGCCCAGACAGCCCAGCAGCUGCAGAGGCUCAGCCAGGCCAUGGAUGUGGUGGGCUCCAUCGCCAGGGUGGAUGCGGGUCGCCUGGGGAACCGGAAGAGGCGGAGACUGGCGAGAGGCGUGACGUUUGCUGUGAGGGACGGCGGGUUUGCCUGUAGGAAGUUGAUGGAGUUGCUGUCUGCCGUUGCCCAGUUGAAUAGCCAGGCAGCUACUUGUGUAGAUGAUGAUCUCCUGGACGCCAUCCAAGGUCUUGAAGCCAGCCUUGCCUCCCAUGGACUGUACCACCAAGACGGCGGUCAGCAUGUCCCCAUGGACGCUGACGGUGAUGGCAACCAAUCAGAAGACGGCCGAGCCAAGGCCCACGUGGCCAUUCAUGUCGGCCUCUGGCCGCUGCGGGAACAGGUGGCGCUGUACAGGGAGCAGGUUGUGGGCUGUAACUUCCUCGCGAGGAAGAUCAGAGGUGAGGAGUGCACUGUGAGUGCCUUUCUUGAACAGCUGAGGUCAUUGUUGGACUACACCGUCAGCCACACCCCUGCGUCUCCACCUUGUGUCCUACCCUAUGCCUCCCUGCUUCAGAGUGGCCUCGACCACACCCCGUCUGGGUCGGAGGUCACGAUGGCGUUCAUGAGCCGGCUGUGGAGGAAUGCGGCCACCUGCCAAGUGCCGUUGUGGUUGUCAUGGCGACAGUAUCUCGCAGAUGCGGGGAACAUCUCUGAAGGGGAGAUAGUUAGUUUGGAGGGCAUGCAACACGGUCCAGCAAACCUGCACAUGCCCCUCCGCACGCACUGCGUCACCCACCUAUUGUACCCGCUCUCCCAGCGGCCCCGCCCCUCUGCCAAGGGAGACAGGGAGGUCAAGAGGGUUACAGGGUCAAGGGUCAGCACAGAUGUGCCGCUAGGCCAGUACCUAGAGAAGGUGGACCAGCUGAGGGCGCUUGCUGAACUUCUGUGGUCCAACGCCUCAACCAUGUCCUCAAAUAGGCUUUGUUUCAAAUCGAGUAGCGUCAAUUACCUGCUGCUGUCACUAGGCCAGUUGCUGCAGACUCUGGAGUCUCUGAUUCGACCUCCUGACCUUGAUUCAUGGCACGCUGCUCUAGAGGAGGUUGCAUCCAUGGCAACGGCCGGACUGAUAGACAAAUCAUCCCUGGCAUCUGCUGUGCAGGAUUUACAGCAAGUUCUGUCUCAGAACACCUUGGAUUCUUUGAGCGAGGGCACUCCUGAGGAUGUUGCAGGUCAGAUGCCAAUGGUCGGACCGGCUGUGAAGGCGUGCUUGGACUGCCUGUCAGACUUGUCGAGCUUUGCUGAGUUGGGAGACGAGAGCAUGGACAUUGGGAUCCCGGAUUGGGCCUCGGGAGAAGAGAGCCAAGCUGGAUCGGGUGACGGGGACCACUUAGUCCAGCUGAUGGUGUUGGGGAAGGGAUGGGUACAUCUAGGAUUACUGGAGGUACAUCUCCUCGCACCCAGGGGGCCGGUCGACCCAGCCCAAAAAGCGGCUCUGAAACUACAGUACAUCAGGGAUGAGAUGACUGAUAUUACAAAUGAGCUCAAAGUUCGCAGUCUGUCCUCCCAACUUUUGACGGGACGAAAGCUGGAAGAUAUGCCGCUGAGCCUGCUGCCUGAGAGAGUCCGCCUCGCACAGAGGAGACUGGCAUUACUGGAGGACAGAGCCCCAGAGCUUGCCAAACAAACAGCUUUCAGACCGGAACCCCCUGAGUUUGAUGCCAUGCUACAAGAUGUGACCCACUACCUCACUAGCAUUGGAUCAAGGUCAACUGUAGAGGGCCUCCUUCACAAGCUGACAUCUGCCUUUGACUCACUGAGCACGGGCAAGGCGGGGGAUGCACAGGCCUGUUCGGUCCAGAAGGUCCUGAACGAGGAGAAAGCCUGGCAGAAGUCGCAGAGGCAGUUCCUGCAUCGGAUACAGGAGGGGUACCCCCUCUACCCUGACCAGUGGGUGGGGCUGGUCGCCACGGUGAUGCAGAUGCAGUAUGGAAUGCGGCUGGCAGGACACGCUCUGCUCAGCCUGGUGGAGAGGGGGACAUUCUCGGUGGAUUGUGGCUCCGUGGAAGCUGGGCUGUGCAGUUUGGCUCAGUUCCCAGUUCCCCUGAUCGCGGAAAAUCAGUUAGCCUCAAGUGACGUGCUGCAGUUGGUGAAGAACUUGUCUGCAUACUCAGCGGUUGAGUCGGAGCAAUCAGGAUAUAACAAGACCAAGAUGAGUUUGCUGCAGCUGUCCCUGGUCCGCGCCCGCCACCAGGCUCUCCUAGCCGGCUUCCUGGAGCCCAAGACCCUCCAGGGCAUCCUCUCCAUCUUGGACCACAUUGUGGUCGCCUGGCGACAGGCCGAGGAUGCGGCGCGGCGCAGGGAGGCGGAGGAGGCGUCCCUGUACAAGUACAAGACAAAGACGCACGGGGACGGGCUGACGGAUGAGGAGAGGGAGGACCGAGAUUUCCGCCAGAGCUUCCCGUCCUUUGAGAAGGAUUUUGCAGACCUUACAAAAGAGCCCACCUUGGAAAGCCAGCCAGACUCCGAUGAGCCGGCAUCCGGUGAAGAGAGUGACGCUGUAGCAGUGCCGAUCCACGACACUCAAAUGCGGCAGGUCUGUGCUGUUCACCGGGAGCUGUUCACCAAACUGGUGCGGGCCGGAUGGAUCCGGUCAUGUCGGCCAACACUCAAUGCGAGCGAUGCUUUGUACCACCAAGCCUUGAAAGAUGGGUACGCCGUCAUGGUCCGACUCGGCGGCAGGGCACUGCCAUUUCUAGAUCCCUCACUGGACAACAAGCUCCUGGGUGCCCACCUGCUGAUGGUCCGAUACCUCCACAGCGCCCUCAGCCCAGCUGACCGGGCCGGCACUGAAGAGCACCCUCAACCGUACGACAUCUACCACGAUGGCAACAUAGAGGAGGCCAUCCAGUGCCGUCCACUGCUGGAGAGAUUCUGUGGGCGAAUCUUGGAGUUGUUGGAACAGUGGCCCGAGCACCCCACCCUGAAGCAGUUGACGUUAUUGAUUGAUCGCAUCUUGGAGUUUCCUGUCACCAGCCCCCUCAUGAAGUUUGUCACCGGUCUGGAAUUGCUCUUGGAGAAAGCGCAGGAGUGGGAGGGCAACGCAAGCCGUGCUGUCUCUGUGCGAGAGCAUUUGGAGCAGAUUACGGAUCUGGUCAUACAGUGGAGGAAACUGGAGCUUAGAUGUUGGUCAGCAUGUUUAGACACCGUGGCAUACCGGAUGGAGCAGGGUGCCAACAAAUGGUGGUUUCACAUCUACCAGCUCCUCCAGUCACAUCUUGGCCUGGACAUCACCAAGGCGACAGAUGACCAAGACUGUCACCCCAGUGGUGGGGAGACCAGUGCAGCAAUGGGAAGCGAAGGGGAUGAUGGGAAGAGCCAGACCACCGAGUCGCUGGUGGCCGCCCUGGAACAGUUCCUGGAGGGCUCGAACCUCGGCGAGUUUGCCGGGAGGUUGCAGAUGCUGCUGUCCUUCCACUGUCAAGUAGCAAUGCAGCCUAGAAGUCAGAAACAGAUGGAGCUAGUUAGCAUUCUGUGGAAUCUCUAUUGCUACUACAAGCAGUUCUUGGCGGCAGUGGAAGCUGAGAUCAAAACUCGCAGGGCUCCAAUUGAAAAGGAACUGAAGGGCUUUGUCAAGAUUGCUCGCUGGAACGACAUUAACUUUUGGGCUGUCAAACAGGCAGUUGAGAAAUCUCACAAGACGCUGCACAAGUUCAGCAAGAAGUUUGAGGCAGAGCUGAAGGAGCCAGCUCGAGGCACCUUUAUAGACACUAAGGUAGCGGAGAAAGAAGAGAUCUUCACAGACGGCAACGCAGGUACCAGACUAAGUGACUUUGAUGAGUUUCUCACACCAGAUGAGUACAAGAGCUACAUAGAGAUUAUCCCACCUGCUGCCACCAGUUUGAUCACUGAUAAGUCACUGCAUGCGAGGCUCUCCAGCCUCCUGCCUCGUAUGACCAAACUAUGUCUUACUGUCUUUAAGAAAUGCCCCUAUCCUGCUCUCACGGUGGCAGUGGAUGAAUUCACAGGAGAAAUUGUGUCUGGUGUCAAAGAGCUGCAGAGUUUAGAUGUCUCAAAGGAAGCGGAUAAGGAGAAACAGAAGACCCAGGUUCAUCGCAUACAGCAGAGGAAGAGGAAGGCCCUAGCUGAUCUAUUCAGAUACCUGACUACCAUUGGGUUGUCUUACAAGAAGGGUCUGACAUUGGCCAGACCAGCCAAUCAGAACAAAGCCAUGUUGCUACCGCCAGUGGAUCUUACUGUUGCUUUGGAAACGGAGGAUGCAAUGAUGAGCUUCGGCCACUCAGAGACAGUCUCCUUUUGGGCAGGGUGCCAGCAUCAUUUUGUCAAGUCCAUAGCCAGAAGGGCUGCUUUGGAGGCGGCCCUAGCUGCGCCUUCCAAGGAAUUGGGCAUCGGCAACAUUGAGCGGUGCAAGGGUUUCACGGAGCAUCUCUCGCUGUUGGCCACCACACAGAGACAAGACAUCGUCGGCCUCGCCGAGGGGCUGGUACAGAUGAGAUCUGUGCUGAACCAGUUGCGGCAGCUCAAAGUCCCUGCAGAUCACCGUGGCAACGACCCCGUGCUGCCUCAUCAGGAGAGCACGGCUGCCUGGGUCGCAACUUCCAAGGAGCUGGUCGACCUGUCGCGGGAGACAGCCCGCCAGUACCUCCUACUCCUGGACUGCUGCCCGCAGAAGUUGGAAGGGGCUCCAGCUGCGACCCCACUGCCCAGAGAAUGGCUGGCUGCCAUGGAUACUGCCAGGAAGGGAGAUGAAUUGUGGGUGGCGACAAGGGACAAACUACAAGAAUGCCAAAGUAUUCUGGAGAUGGCAAACCAGACAGUUGAGCCAAGAGCCAGCCAGUUGGUACAGGAUCACGAUAUUUCUCUGCUAUUCUGGAGUGACUUGCAACUCAUAGACGACACCUUUGAGAAGCUGGAGAUGGUCUCGGAUGCCUUUGCCGACCUGGAGCAGCUCUUCACCCUCCCCCGGGGUGGGGAGAGAUCCUACCUGGCGACUAUGCUGACGGAGACCAGGCAGAGACUGCUGCAGACGGCGCUGCAGUACGCACGCUGGAAACGCUGGCUGGUCUGCGUUGGGGAAGGAGGAGAGGAGGAACCAGGGGACGAGGACGAAAUGGAGACGGCAGAGAAGGGUCCAUUGCUGACAGAUUUUGCUAAUCGGACUGAGUCAGUUCUAGCCAGUGUUCUCUUGGCUGUGCAGGGCAUUGUGAAAUCCCACCGCCGGACUCAAGCAGGCAGCCAGCCACCGCUGGAGGAGACUCUCUCGGCAGAAAGGGAGACCACUGAGGAAGAGGAAGAAGACUUUGACCUCCAGGAGGGCCACCUCGUCAAGCAUCUCAGCACUGCAUUGGGCCAAGAUGCUGUCACCCUUGACGUGGGUCGAGUGUCAAAGGUCAUGGGGUCAUUGUUGUUGGACCUCAGAGAGAUGAGGGACGACUGCCAUUCAACGAGGGGAAUUUGGGAAUUCAAUGCCUGCACUGCUCUCACUCUCAGACUGGUACCCGUACUUCAUCAGUACCUUGGCCUUGUAGCCUUCACCCUGAACCAGACUGUCGCAUGCCACAGGACGACAUGCAAACUGCUGUCCGUACUACUUGGAAUAUUUUCUGAGCUGGCUGCAAAGGGUUUCUGUUUACCUGCUGAAUAUUCUGACGAGGUUGGCGGGGAGGGAGCCACCCAGUUCCAAGACAUCGAAGGAGGUGGCAUCGGGGAAGGGGAAGGAAUGAAGGAUGUCAGCGAUCAGAUUGAAAAUGAGGAACAGGUUCAAGACACCAAGAAACCUGGUGAGAAGCAAGACGAGCAAGACUUCUCCAACCAGCCCGAUGUCAAGGAUGAGGAGCAAGGCAUUGAGAUGUCGGAGGAUUUCCAAGGGAAGCUCCACGAUGCGGAAGCCAAAGAUGUCGAAAACUCUGACGAGGAUGACGGUGACGACGAACACGAGAUGGACAAACAGAUGGGAGAGGUGGACCAGCCAGGGGCCGACACGCUGGACGAGAGAAUGUGGGGUGACAAAGAGGACGACGAGGAUGAAGAGGGGAAAGACGGAAAGAAGAAGGAGGAGUUUGGAGAAGGCAAAGGAGAGGAGAAGCAGACGGACUUGGUAGCCAAGGAUGACAACAAAGGAGCCGCAGAUGACAAAGGGGACAAUGAAAAACAGGGAAAGGAAGGUGAAGACGAAAUGGGAGAGAACAACGAGAACCAGAAACCAAACAACCUGGAACCACAGGAUGAGGGUGAGUUCAAUGACGACGAGGUCGAUCCACGCAAGGCUAACGAGCCGCCCGAAGCUCCUGUCCCCGAAGACCUGGACAUCCCCAACGACCUCAAUCUGGAUGGGGGGAAGAUGGAUGACGAAAAUGAAGAAGGGGCAACCGAAAACCAAGAUGAGGCAAAUCCGUUUGACAUUGAGACGAAACUGCCCGACCAAAAAGACUCCGGGAUGGACCAGGAUGCUGUGGACGAAAAGGAAGAUGGUGAGGAGCGUGAAGAAGGGAACCAAGACGAAGGGGACCAACCGAGCGAACCCAGGAUGGAGGAAGGUGGGGAGGGGGCAGAGGACGAGAGCGGAGGGGAGGAGGAUGCGGGGAGGGACGAUCGGGAGGACGGAGAUGGAGAGGACGCUGAUGAAGCGGAUGGGGAUCAGAAGGGAGGGGUAGGGUUGGAGCCACAGGAAGAUGAUGAUGAACCCAUACCAGAAGACUCCAGUGCAGACUACCAACCGGAUCGGGCACACCUUCCACAGGCCAUGCCGGAACCGGCCGAGAACUACGGGAGAUCGCAGGAGAAGACGGAGACGGUGCAGGAGCAGGUCGCCCAGGAGGAGGCUGGGAAAUCAGAGGAGGAGAAGAACAGAGGGAAAGAAAAUGUUGGCAGUGCCGAAUCCUCUCUCAAGGAGGGCCACGAGGGUGCUGUGCCCUCCCAGACACUCCCGCGCCAGAACCAGUCUGAACAGAGGCAGAGCUACAAGCGGAGGCCGGGGCACUCGGACGCAGAGCGCAGCCUGGGUUCAGUGGAGGAGAAGGCCUACAAACGUCUGAGGACCAUGGAUGCACCCGAGAAGAAGACUGAGGGAGCAGAGGAAGAGAACCAGAGCAGUGAGCCAAGUGACCAGGACCAGACCUGGGAUCUGUAUGAGCACAUCAAGGACGCUUCCUCCCACUACGACACCCAAAUGAUGGACGUGGCAUCGGAGGACCAGCUGAUGCAGGAACAGGCCACACCCAAUCAGGAGGAGGAGGACACGGCUGCUAUGGAAACAGAUGAAGAAAUUAAACCACUUGAUGAUGAGAAAGAAGAGAAAGAUAAUCCGGAGAGAAUGGACAAGCUUCCAGGAACUAAGAUCAAGUCGGGGGAAAGACAGACUGCUGAUGAUGAAACAAGUGAGCCAAACUCAGAUGUGCCAGAAGGAGAUGUAGCAGAUGAUGGCACAGCCACAAGAGUCAGAGAUCCGAUGGACACUGGUGAAAUUCAUGCCUCGACCAUACACACGACCCUUGACCUGAUAUCCCAAGAUGCAGCACAGCUGCACGUCAUGACAACAGACGAGUACGAGGCACUGCGGCAGGAGAUGGAGCAAAAACUGAGCCUGCUCAGUCAAAAGCAGGGCACAGCUGACGAAGAGAGAGAAGCUCAGGAAACCUGGCAUCGCUACGAGUCGUUGACCUCUGGCCUAGCUCGUGACCUCUGCGAGCAGCUGAGGCUGGUGCUGGAGCCGACACGAGCUUCCAAGCUCAGAGGUGACUUCCGCACCGGCAAGCGCAUCAACAUGCGUAAGGUGAUCCCCUACAUCGCCAGUGGGUUCCGUAAGGACAAGAUCUGGCUGCGGCGAACCAAGCCCAGCAAGAGGCAGUACCAGAUACUGCUGGCCGUGGACGAUUCGUCGAGCAUGGCGGACAAUCGAUCAAAACAGCUUGCCUUCGAGUCACUAGCAGUCAUUAGUAAUGCCCUGACUUGGCUUGAGGCAGGAGAGCUGGCUGUCUGCAGCUUUGGCGAAUCGGUGCAGCUUCUGCACCCGUUCCAUGAGCAGUUCACCGACCAAUCCGGUGCCAAGAUUCUGCGGCAGUUUACGUUCUCCCAGAACAAGACCAAAGUAGCACAGCUUUUGACCUCUGCAACUGCCAGCAUGAUCGCCGCCCGAUCCCGCCUGCAGAUGGGUAGCAGCCACCUGGAGACAUCCCAGCUCCUUCUCAUUGUCUCAGAUGGGCGGGGCCUGUUUCUGGAGGGCGUGGAGGCAGUCAAAGCUGCCGUGCGGCGGGCCAGGGAUGCCAACAUCUUUUUGGUCUUCGUGGCACUUGACAAUCCAGAAAAUAAGGAUUCCAUUCUGGACAUCAAGGUGCCCAUCUUCGGCGGUCCGGGCCAGCUACCUCAGAUCAACUCUUACAUGGAACACUUCCCGUUUCCAUUCUACAUCAUCCUGAAGGACAUCAAUGCCAUGCCGGAGGUUCUCAGUGAUGCCCUGAGACAGUGGUUUGAGCUGGUCACGGCCGGCGACAUCCACUAUUAAAAGGUGUCAGCCAUGAAUGAGGAGAUCAUAUCCUUAAUGGCCGAAGGACGAAGCCUGUUGAUUGGCACGUAGACAUCAGCUGUUCUCAUUACACUGAAGGACACAGCACUCUGUACAAGCAAUUACUUCAGUUAUUUUGUGCCUAGGCUUUAUAUUUUAAGAGGCAAAGGCAACACAAAGAUAACCAUGGUAAGAGAAAACAUUUCAAUGUCUUGAAGAUGUACUUCAAGUAGAUGCUAUGUUAUGGACAGCUUGGGGUUUCGUAUCGUCCACAGAGAUAUUUUUUGUCCAACUACCGUCUAACAAACUUUUUUAUGGUCACUAAGCAAUAUUUUAGGCCUUUCUUAAGAUGCAAUUUUCGGAUGGUAAGGCCAUCAUCUCGGAAGCCACAAUGACUUCUUUUCAGUCAUUUUGUUUUCUUAAAGAUUCACUGGAAUUUAUCAGAAAACCUUUUAGAUAGAAUCAUUUUAUUUUUUUUUGUCAUUAUUUGAUUGAUAUUGGUUCAGAGGCCAAGUUAAUCCAUGGAAUGGUAUUUUUGUUUUAAAAUAAUCAAUGCUCUGGAAAAAUGUAGAAAAAGUUCGGGCCUCCUGACAAUUGAGGAAAAUGCAAUUGCAAUAU